AUGUCUAAUCCUCAUCAAGAAACAAAGAUCAGCAAAACCCUACCUUCUGGAGCUCAGUCCCCAGGUGGUCGAAUUCACCGAGAGACCGAAACAAGUGUGAAUAAAUUGCAAUCAUCUGAGAAUAUAAAGCUCGUUAAGGACAAAUUCAUGAUGACAAUUUAUCCCAAUGUUGAUUACGCCUUUGUGGUUACACUUAUAGGGAUUGUUGAGGCUAUGAAAAGCUCUAACACAAAAGGUGAAGUUGCUGCUGGAUCAGGGGUGGGUGCAGUUCUUGGUGCAGUUUUUUCCUAG